AUGUUGACGAUGGAGACGGAUAUGAAAGGAGGAAUUCUUCAUGCUACAAUGCCUCCACAUCAUCCGCCAACUAUUCAUAAUCAUUCAUCGCCUUACGGAUCUUUAGGACCACUUGGAAUGAUGAAUUUACAGCAAUCACAGUUAGGACAGUCACAAAUGGUUCACCAAUCUCAUAAUAUGCCGCACAUCACAAGCAGUGCAACGAAUUAUUCCCAACAAACACAUAUUCCGGGAUCGCAUCAACAAAACCCUGGAAUGAGCCCCAAUCAAACAACUCAACAAACAUCUGCCACACAAAUUAACAAUCACAAUCAUCACAUUACAGCCACCGGUCAAAAUCACAUGGGAUCGAGUGGGAAUGGUGGAAGCAAAGCAUCACAACAGAACGCUGAUCGCGUCAAACGACCAAUGAAUGCUUUUAUGGUUUGGUCUCGCGGCCAACGACGGAAAAUGGCAUCAGAUAACCCAAAAAUGCAUAAUUCUGAGAUUUCAAAGCGUCUCGGCGCUCAGUGGAAAGAUUUAUCAGAAACAGAGAAACGUCCAUUUAUAGACGAGGCUAAAAGGUUGCGUGCUGUUCAUAUGAAAGAGCAUCCUGAUUACAAAUAUCGUCCACGACGAAAAACAAAGACAUUAACGAAAGCUAAAGAAAAAUAUCCACUUGGCGUUAGCUCAUUGAUACAGCAAUCUGAUCAUCAUCAAAGCAAUUCAAGUAAUCGCAAUGUAUCGACGUUGGGAAGUUCUCAACAAUCGAAUCGUGAUAUUUAUCAAAUUACGCCGAACGGUUAUAUGCCCAAUGGUUACAUGAUGGAUCCUACGUAUGGUGGAACACAACACAACCCAUAUAUGAGCAAUUAUCACCGUUACGACAUGAAUCAGAUGCACAAUGCAGCAGCAGCCUCGACGGGAACUUACAUGAAUACAUCUGGAUAUGGAAGCAUGUAUGGAAACGGAUCAGGUGGCCAGCCCUCGCCAUAUACAUUACAACAACCGGGAUCGCCAUACAAUGGAAUCCAACAACAACCCUCGUCGCCUUAUGGAACACUACAAGGCGGUGGAUCUCAAAUGUCCUGCCAAAGUCACAGUCCCAGUGAGUCAAGUAUCAAAUCUGAGCCAGUUUCUCCUUCACCAACAAGCAUUGCCACUAAUAACAAUAAUCAUGUAAUGAAACGAGAAUAUAAUCAUCAACCGUCGGUACAACAUCACGAACUCAGUCAUCUCAUGAGCAUGUACCAAAUUCCCGACGCACUUCCUUCUGUUGAACAUCAACGGCUAAUUCACUAUCAACAGAAUGGAUCUCCUGAUUUACAAUCAACAUCACAGCAACAACCACAAUCAUUGCGAAUGGCUCCACUUGCGCAUAUGUGA